UAUCUCUACUCUAAGUCCAUACUCUCCAGUUGCUCUUCCUCUUCAUUGCCAUCUUCCACCUCCAGCUCCAAGAUGGUCACCGAUCACAUCGUGAAGCUGUUCGCGAGUGACCCCAAUGGGAAAAAGCGCGAGGUGUUAGGGCUGGCAGGGCACACCCUUCCGCGAGCUUUGUCCAACCACGGCCUCAUUGACCCUGCUUCACACCGCCUGGAAGACAUUGACGCCUACUUCGCUGAGUGCGAGGUCAGCAUCGCCCAGGAGUGGCUCGAAAAGCUCCCUCCUCCCUCCUACGAUGAGCAGUACGUGCUCAAGAGGAAUUCCAGGUCUAGGGUUCUCAACAAGCAUUCCAAGCUCGGUUGUCAGGUCGUUCUCAAUCGUGACCUCCAAGGUAUGGUCGUCGCAAUCCCCAAACCUAAACCUUGGGAUACUCCCUAA